AUGGAGGAAAACGAUCAGUCACAGAAUAUCCCUUUGUUAUGUCGCAAGGGAUGUGGAUUUUAUGGCAGUCCCAGUUUCGAUGGAUUUUGUUCAAAAUGUCACCGCAGUAUGCAGGCUCAAGCUGAAAGUGCUCAGGCCGUGUCCAGAGUAACCUCUGAAUUCGAUGAUAAACUAUCUUCGGAAAGGAGUAUGAAAAUCACUGGAUCAUCCGCUGAAAAUUCUCCAAAACGUGAAUCCUCGUUGGUACCUCCUGUGACCAUUAAGAUUUCUGGCGAAUCCCAUUCAGAUUCUUCACUUAGCGUUAAACAUGAGUCUAACUUCACUUCGUCAGCCCCCGAAUUAAAUGCAGAAGCCGACGUGUCCGCUGGUGGGUUACCAGACUCCUUGAAUGAUGAUUUGAGACCGGAUAGUAAAGCGGACUCACCUGCAUCAACGUGCUCCUCUGGACCAGUUACCAAAACCAGACCACGCUGUGCCGUUUGCAAUAAACGUGUCGGUUUGACAGGUUUUUCUUGUCGCUGUGGUGGCCUAUAUUGUAGUCUGCAUCGUUAUUCUGAUGCGCACGAUUGCUCCUUUGACUAUCGAGAGUCAGGUCAAGAAGAAAUCCGUCGUUCCAAUCCCCAGAUUGUUUGCCAAAAGGUCCAGAAAAUUUGAUGUACCUAAUCUCCCCCUUAUUUAUAAAAACAUGAUCAAAAACUUUGUUGAGAUGAAUGUUUUUACCUUACAUCUGGCUCCAAUUCUUGUAUGGACAGUUACAUUUCAUGUUGGUUUCACAGUUUAACCUCCCGUGGUGUAUACUAGCGUCAGAGUUUCUGUCUACUGCACCAUCAGUUAUCACUGCAGUGUGUUGUUUUCUUUCGAGAAAAUUUGUUGCUGUUCGUCGGGCAAGACAUGUUUGACCAUCUUGCAUGAUGAACUAUAUUGCCAUUAAUUUCAUAUAAAAAUACAUCAUUUAAGUGAUGAUUACUACACAUACACUGUCCUUUAUUGGACUAUAUUGUACUCUAGUGAUCCUUUAAAUUUUACGUGUGAUGUUUAAAAUUUAUUCAAUUCAGUGAACAUUUUAUUUUAUUCUUUAAUUCAUUAUUAUUAAAGCGUGUAUUUUAGGCUGUGUUGGCAUCCUCUAAUCAGCUAAUAUUAAUUAAAUUCAUUUUGAUAUAUGUCAGAUAUCCGGAUACAUAUAUUUCUCAUGUAAACGUGUUUAUUACUAUUAUAAGUGUGCGCUUUUACACUACUGUCCUUUCAGGUUCAUGGCAGCGUAUAUUAUUAUUUCAUCAUAUUGUGACUUGCAUGAAUCUAUCUAAACUGUACCAGUAUUUGUUUCUGCUGGUUUGUACACAUAAACUUAACUUUCCCCAUCCUUUUUAUUAUGCUCAACUCGGCUGUGUUCUUUCAUCCACUUUGUGUGUAGAGCUAUUGUGUAGGCUACCGUGAAUGUCACUUUUGUGUGAUGUUUAAAAGGUUUGUCAAUUUUUUGUUUUGGCUUUUUUUGGAUGAUGAGGAGAACACGUCACACGUAACUGUGCUCGAUUGCCAGUUUUGUUGAUUAUUGCUACAAACGUUAUAAGCUAUAUUUACAUUGUACGCUUUACAUAUUGGCUUCCAUCCGUUUUCCUAUCAUUUCUUAAAGUAUACACUGUCUUGUAAUUUCCUUCUAUUCUAUUUAGCUAGUGUAUUUGGUUUCAGUCUGCUUAUUGCACAAAUAUAUUUACAUGUGCCCAUUCUCUUGUUGUAGUAUUUUUGUUUUUGGUGAGAUUUAAACUUGGGCAGCCAAUUUUCCAUCACGAAACAUCAUUAUAAGUAAGUAGUACAGUUAUCACCUUCAACAAAUAGUGGCAAUUGAUUGUUGAAGACUACUAGCGCUCUUAGUUUAACAGUGCAUAUCCAGCAUAGAAGUGAUUUCCCCUUGUGUAGACUUGAAUAAAUGGGUUAGACUUUGAUAAUUCAAUGGAGAGGAAGGAUUUCACGUCGAUUGGUAAGUUUUACCGAGCAUGUGAAUAAUACAUGCGUGUCAUUCAUUCCUAUCCAAGCUACACUUCUUACCGUGCAACUUGGUAUUCUAGAAUUGAUAUUUACUCCCUACGAGAAUAUAGUAUUUCUAUUGUUGAUAUGAUUGGAAUGACUGUAAGUAGUGUUUUUAUACUAGUAGUCUAAUGCAGAAAACUACGUCAGAUAUGGACACAUUGUAGAACACUGAAAUAAAGUUCUCACUUCAGUGAAUACAUACUAAAGAGUAAGUUGUAUAAUCGAAUUACUCAGACACAUUUGUAUCCAUUCAAUAAAUAAUCUAACGAAUGUAUUUCUUGAAGACUAUAUCUUGAGAUUCAGGUAAUACUAUUUCCUGUCAGGAUGCUCAGG